UUGUUGUUGCAGUAAACAUCAAGAAUGAGCCUAAAAUUAGCCUACGUCUUUAUACUUUUGGCAAUAGUAUCGACGAGCUUACAAGAGUCGCUCCUAGAAGGAGUCAUAUCAUUACUGCAAGACGGGGAAAAUCAAUGGACUGAUGAACCGGCAGACGUACCAAUUUACAAAAUGCAAAAAGAAUACGAUUUCGUGAUAGUAGGGGCGGGCACAGCUGGAUGUGUAUUGGCCAAUAGACUUUCCGAAAACCCGAACUGGUCGGUUCUACUUAUAGAAGCAGGUCGUCCCGAAAAUUUAUUGAUGGAUUUUCCAAUAUUAGCCAAUUAUCUUCAAUUCACUGAGUCGAACUGGCGAUACAAAACAGAACCGAGUGGUAGCUUCUGCAUGGGCUUGGAUAACCAUCAGUGCAACUGGCCCAGAGGUAAGGUCGUUGGAGGUUCCAGCGUACUGAACUACAUGAUAUACACCAGAGGAAACUGGCGAGAUUAUGAUAAUUGGGCUAGACUAGGAAACGAGGGAUGGUGAGUUGUUUUCGAUUUA